UUUCUGUUCAGGAACGUUAGAGCGCGCGCGUUAGUGAUUAUUUACUCCGGGAUGAAUCUGCAGGCGCCACGCACUUAACACACAUUAAUGCAAGUAAGAUUUCGUACUUUAUUGAUAAUAAACCCGCACUGUGUGACUGAGUUCCUGUUUUAGUGAGCUGUGAUGUUUGUUUCUCGGUUUAAGACGCUAUGAACCGUUUGAGUUGUCGUUAAGUGUUUGUUGUUGAUCAUGAGUCAAUUCUUUUGAACUAAAUGAAUCGAGUUUGGAUUUUUUUAUUUGACUCACCUGGAAGUUGGCUUCAGAAACUAUCUAGGCGUCCUGGAGCACACACAUUGUUCUUUGUGGUAAAACAAGAAUAACAUAUUUUUAAUGAACUGAUUCUACCUGCUUAUCUAAAUUAUUAUUAUUAUACACACUAUGUGAGUGAGUUCCUGUUUUAGUGAGCUGUGAUGUUUGUUUCUCGGUUUAAGACGCUAUGAACCGUUUGAGUUGUCGUUAAGUGCUUGUUGUUGAUCAUGAGUCAAUUCUUUUGAACUAAAUGAAUCGAGUUUGGAUUCUUUUAUUUGACUCACCUGGAAGUUGGCUUCAGAAACUAUCGAGGCGUCCUGGAGCACACACAUUGUUCUUUGUGGUAAAACAACAAUAACAUAUUUUUAAUGAACUGAUUCUACCUGCUUGUCUAAGUUGUUGUUAUUAUUAUUACUAUUAUACACACUCACUGUGUGAGUGAGUUCCUGUUUUAGUGAGCUGUGAUGUUUGUUUCUCGGUUUAAGACGCUAUGCACCGUUUGAGUUGUCGUUAAGUGCUUGUUGUUGAUCAUAAUGAGUCAAUUCUUUUGAACUAAACGAAUCGAGUUUUGAGUCAUUUAUUUGACUCACCUGGAAGUUGGCUUCAGAAACUAUCUAGGCGUCCUGGAGCACACACAUUGUUCUUUGUGCACUGAAGUCAUCAUGGAGCCAAUGGUUAUUGAAGUGCUUGGAGUUCCAUGCAUUCCUCCUCAUGAUCGGAUGGUUGAUCAGUUAAAGAUUCACUUCCAGAAGAGGAGGUAUUCUGGAGGAGAUGUUUUAUCAGUGAUUUAUCCAACUGCUACCCCAGCCCAGGCUUAUGUCAUUUUUGAAUCAGCUGAAGUUCCUGGAGUCUUGGAGUGUACUCAUGUUUUAGACGUAGACACCAGAUUUUAUGCAAUACAUGUAAAGAGAGCUAAUUUCUCUGAGGUGGACAUGCGAGUUGAGACCAUACUGGACUUGAGGAUGUUCAAAGACCGAAAAUAUGUCUUGACGUGCCUUAAACAUUAUGACUUUAAUGUAACAAAAUCCAGUGAAAGUCAUCUCCAGUUAAAGGGCUCCUUCUUGAAACUAAAGCUCUUGCGCACUGAGCUCCUACGGCUUCAGGUUCAUGAACAUCAGCUGCAUAAUAGAUCUCCAUCAGCUCUUCACAACGGCUUCUCUUAUGACACGGAGCACAAUAGUUUGGAUCACAGACUUGCUUCCAAGUCCAUGUCGAGGAAUGUUCAUAACAUGGAUGCUGUUAGUCAGCGUCAGUUACUUGAUGGUGCCCCAUCAUUAUCAUCUCCAUAUAGAGAGAUGGCAUCUGCUGGAUCCCCCAGGAGUCUUCAGAGCAGUUAUUCACCCUAUGCUGAAAGAAAUGCAAGCAGUCCAGUGAAUGCUGUUCAAAAAUAUCAAUCACAGGACAGCAGUGAACUGCUUGCUCAUAGAUGGAGCCCCCUUGCUGAUGGUGCAUCACCAUUAUCAGCAAAUUCUCCAUCUAGUCUCACCCUGCUCCACCACACAUCUCCAUUACAUAGCGAUUCAGCCUCAGGUGGAUCUCUUAGGAGGUGUCCAAGCUAUGAUAGUGGUACAUGGGCCAGGUCUUCGCACAGCAGUCCUCAAAGCUUUCCAGUGGACACAGAUACCUUAAACUUUAUACUCUCCCAACAGCAGGAUGUUGUUAAGGUGAUUAACGAUUAUGGUACUGAGAUGAGGGUAAAAGGUGAUGCAGGGUUGACAGUGGUUUCACUCUUUGGAAAGAACAGUGAGAAAGCUAAAGCACAUCUUCUGGAAAAGAUUAAGGAGAUUAGCCCCUCAUUGCGCACCCAAGAAAUAUAUCUGAAGAUGUAUACCCCUGCUGAACAAACACAGAUCCUUGAAAGAAUCCAACGUUAUAAAGACUCGGGUGUUAUGAUUACACAUAGUGGUGAUGAUGUAAAGCUGGUAGGAUCCUCAAAAGGAAGUUUUGAGAUGAAGCAAAAGUUACUGGGACACAACGAUGACUCUCGCAGAGGAAGGACCAUGGACAGGAGCUCAAAAUCCAGGAGAUGCUCCUCUGUACCCAGACAGUAUAAGGCAAUAGAACAUAAACUUGCUACAGAUCAAGAAAAUCAGGCAAGUGCUGCAAACAUGUACUCUCCUGCAAGUUAUCAAGAGGAAUCAGAUGAAGGAAAAGCUCCACAGAUUGUUCAAGGAAAGACUCAGAACAAGAACUCGCAACGGACACGCAGCAAUUCAGAGUCGCGAGACAAAAACAGGAUAAUCACAGCACAGCCGAUGCAUCAAGACAUGGAGUUGGUGUCAUCAAGUCAAGGAAAGAAGUCCCAGAAAAUACCCUUUCUAAAAGCACUUCAGCCAAGUUUGAGAAUCAUGACUUUAAAAAAGAAUGGAUCUAAAAAAAAGUAAAUUCUACAACCAAAAAAUUACUGAAUGGCUGUUUGCCGAUUAUGUAUUUACUGCUGUAUAGAAAGUCAGCAAGAUUUAUUUCUGUGAUGUUCAGUAGACAGUAUUCAUGUGCAUGUUAGAUGAUUCUUUAUAAGCAAGGUAUUUAUCAUGUUAAACAAUAAAUAAACUAUAUUCUAUGAUUUUGGGUAAUAAUAUAUCUUACAAUCACUAACUAGCACUGAUUUUUAUAUUUAUUCUUUCUGGAAUAAAAAUAAUUAAAGUCGUGUAAAAUGAUUAGCUCUUAUUGUCCUGUGUGUAAGUCUGUGACUGAUUUUGCUGUAACUGUCGGUGUGUAUCGUGUGUAAUUCUUCUAACACCAUGAAUCCUCUCUUGUUCCAUUAACACUGGAUUGACUGAAUCCUCUCAGUAGAACUUCUGAAACUUCUCUGAACAGUAGCGAAACACCUUUAACCCUAUAAAGCCUGUUGCAGGAAAAACAUUUAAAAAUUCUUAUUUUCAACAUUUUGCGCACUUGAUUUGUUGUAUGAUAUUUGAUAGAUCAGGGCUUUGGGUUUGUAAUUUUCUGUAU